CGUAACGGGGUAAGCCAAUCAACAAUCGCGUACUUUCCCGCCGUAACUGGCCGAAGUUCUGGCGGAAGAGUGUUGGAUCGUGCUUUGAAAAUCAAACUAUGCAGCUAGUAAUGAUUUGAUGUGCUGUUGAGGUUGGAAGUCCCUAUCUCCUAUCACAAUGUCAGUUGAGGCAAAGACGCCAUCUGUUGUCAAUGGCAUCACUCCUCAAGCUGGGGCUGGUGCAGGGUUUCAUCACCAUCUCCCUCAAAUCCCAACUGUCAACAAGAAUCCCAAAAUAGCCCAAAGCAAGGCCAGCGUCAAGAACCCAGUGAAUGCCCCUGAGAAGGAAGAUCCCCAAACUGUCAAUAUUGUCCAAGUGUCCGAAGAGGCCAAACAGGACAAAUCGGAAUCAGCUGCAAAACCUCAAGACAAACCAGCUGAUACUCCGGCUGAAGCUGCUGAAAAGCCUGAUGAAAAGCCUAAAGAAGUUAUUCGACAACCUCCAAAGAAAUCACGUCAGUCUUACGAGCUGGCUGCCCAAGAAACGUCAGUUGCAAGUCGUGAGAAGAGACAAAUCAAGAAGAAAGUCCCUAAAGAUGAGCUGUUUGCCAGCGAAAAGCCUCAAAAAACUCCUAAAGCUGAGACUGCAGUAACACCUAAAGCACAGGCGCCAUCGGAAGAUGCAUCAGGAUGUCCUUCCAAGUAUCUCGUUGGAGACCUGUUGUGGGCCAAGGUCAGCGGUCAUCCCUUCUGGCCCUGUAUGGUUUCAUAUGACCCCUUCAUAAGCAUCUUCACAAGAGUCCGAGGUAACAUUACUGUCAAACAGAAAGCAUUGCGAUCAUAUCAUGUGCAAUUUUUUGGUGAUGAAGCAGAGAGAGGCUGGAUCAAUGAGUCAUCUGCCAUUCCCUUUGAAGGGAAAGAACGUUUUUUCAAACGUGCUGAAAAUUUAAUUGAAAAUGCUCCCAAAACCAUGAAAGGCAAGUUCAUGCAGAUGUACAAAGUUAAUACAACACGUCGCCCUGCGUGGGAAGUUGGUGUGGCUGCAGCGGAAGAGGCAUACAAUCUGGAAAGAAAUGAACGCAAGCAGCAGUUCACCUUCGUGUAUGAAAUCCCAGCCAGCAAACUACCCAAAACGUCUAAGACACCUGACUCAAAAAAAGAUGAGAAAGCACUGAAACAGAAGCGAGGUCGGAAGCGAAAACAGCCGGAAGAGGAUGAAGAACUCCCAGAACAGGCUAGUCCCACUUCAAAGAAGCGAAAAGUUUCUGAUGUCGAAACAACCAAGAGCCCAACUGUACCACAUAAAGUGACCAAGUACGAGGGUUCGUUUGAAAGCUUCUGUCACAAGCACCGAGAUGGCGUGCUUGACGAUCAUCCUGAUUACGAUGAUGAGCAAGUGGUGGAGUAUCUCCAUCAGCAGUGGAACAUGAUGACAAAGGAGCAGAAGGCGAGAUACACAUCUAAAUACACGGGGGCCGACACCGAAGAAAAACCCACACCAGGCAACAGUGCGAAGAGAUCUCCACGAGUAAGUAGACCCUCGGUCAAGAAGCUAGAAGCGGAAGAGGGCAAUAAACUCUUUUGUGAGAUAGUGGCUAAGAAACAGAAAAAGAGUCCUCGAGAGAGGAAAGGUGAAAGGAGUAGUGGCCGACCAGUGAGGGAGACGAGGCGAGUUAUCAAGAUGGAGUUGGAGGAGGCUGAGGCAGAGGCUGAACCUGAGGUCAAGGCCGCUCCUGCAUCAGAGGUCAUAGCUGCAGCGCCCGAGGAGGAGAAGAAGGAAGAAUCUGGGCCACCACCAGCACCAGUUGAACCAGUGAAGUCACGGAGAGGUCACAAGACCGAAGUGGUCAGUAAUGGGAGCGAGGAGGCAGCUGUCAAGAUGGAAGUGGAAGCCCCUGCUCCUGCAGCUGUUCCUGUGCCCGAGGGAAAGAGGAAGAGGGCCUCUCGAGUAAAGGUGGAAUGUCAAGGACACAGCUCCGACUCAGGGUCAGAUACACAGGUUGACAUAAAGCCAAUAAAGACGCUGAAGAUGCCAAAAGAUGUGGAUCCAGACUUGGACUUGGAAAUCUUCAAGCUAAAUGCCAGUGACAACACAAAGCGUGAACCCAUCUGUCUGAUCUGUGAGGACGUGGGCAAUCUGGUGGAAUGUACGGGGCCCUGUCAGGGCCACUUCCAUGUAGACUGUCUAGGCCUCGGACACGAACCAGCAGGAGAUUUCAAGUGUGAUGAGUGCCAGUCAGGCACCCAUGUGUGUUUCUCCUGUAAGAAGUCAGAUGGGGAAGUGCGGCGGUGCUCCGUGUCACAGUGCGGCCGCUUCUACCACGAGGAGUGUGUUGUCAAGUACCCCCAAUCCCAUGUUGAGGGCAAGAAGUUCACCUGUCCCCUGCAUGCAUGUGCCACGUGUGUGUCAGAAAACAACAAGAACCCAAAGGCAGCCAAAGGUCGUUUAUAUCGCUGUGUCCGCUGCCCUACAGCGUACCAUGUGGGAGACUUCUGUAUCGCUGCUGGGAGCAAGAACUUAGCAGGACUUAACAUAGUGUGUAGCAACCAUUUCCAACCCAAGAAAUCUCAGGCUCAUCAUAGCCAUGUUAAUGUCAGCUGGUGCUUUAUAUGUAGCCAGGGUGGCACGCUGUUGUGUUGCGAGAGCUGCCCAGCAGCAUUCCAUGCCCAGUGUCUGAAGAUUGACUUCCCACAAGGAAGCUGGUACUGCCACACCUGUCGGAGUGGGAAGAAACCUCUCUAUGGCGACAUCAUUUGGGUCAAGCUAGGAAACUACAGAUGGUGGCCUGGGGAGAUAUGUCAUCCACGCAAUGUACCCACAAACAUCCAGGAGAAGCCACACGAUGUUGGGGAGUUCCCCGUCAAGUUCCUGGGAUCUAGAGAUUAUUUCUGGCUCUACCAGGGCAGAGUGUUCUUGUUCCAAGAAGGAGACAAAGGAAGCAGGGACUCGACAACAAAGGGCAUUGCUAAGAUCUUCUCUAAAGGUGUGAAGGAAGCAACUGAGGCCUUCAAGAUCUGGAGACAAGCCAAGGAGAACAGGGAGCAGAUGGAACAAGAGAGAAACGACAAGAAGCCAGCUCCGUUCAAAUUUGUCAAGGCAAAUGUUCCUAUUGGAAACGUGAUAGUCCAUAAAGCAGAGUUGGCGAACAUCCCGAGAUGUGAAUGCACACCGGACAUGCCCAACCCCUGUACGCCUGAGGCCAACUGCCUAAACACAAUACUCAUGUACGAGUGCCACCCCACGACCUGUCCAGCGGGGGACAAGUGCCAAAACCAACGCUUUCAAAAAAGGCAGUAUCCAGAGUCAACAAGCUUCAAGACCAGCAGCCGGGGAUGGGGACUCAAGACACUACAAGAUGUCAAAAAGGGUCAGUUUGUUAAUGAGUACGUCGGGGAUCUGAUCGAUGAAGAGGAAUGCAAGAGAAGAAUAAAACAAGCUCAUGAAGACAACAUCUCCAACUUUUAUAUGUUAACUCUUGAUAAAAAUAGAAUAAUUGAUGCAUGUCCGAAGGGUAACUUGUCUCGCUUCAUGAAUCACUCAUGUUCGCCUAACUGUGAGACACAGAAGUGGACAGUGAACGGUGACAUCAGGGUUGGACUGUUUGCUCUGAAGGAUGUCCCAGCUGGAUCUGAGCUGACAUUCAACUACAACCUGGACUGCCUGGGUAAUGACAAGAAGACCUGUGGCUGUGGAGCUGCCAACUGCAGCGGCUUCCUGGGAGUCCGACCAAAGACUGCAGCAGCGGUAGCGAACGAGAAGAGGUCAAAGGAGCAGCAGAAGAAGAAACGCAAGAGGAAGAAAAUGGAAGUGAAGAAGGAACACGAGGAUGAAUGUUUUAGGUGCGGAGAAGGAGGCGAACUUGUCAUGUGCGAUAAACCCAACUGUCCGAAGUCCUAUCAUCUACAGUGUCUCAACCUAGCCAAACCACCACAUGGUAAGUGGCUGUGCCCAUGGCACCACUGUGACAUCUGUGGCAAGGUCGCCAGGAAGGUGUGUUCCGAGUGCCCCAAUUCUUUCUGUAACGGUCAUAUUGAAGACAACAUAUUCAAUGUGGAGGGAGCUCUCGUGUGUUCGGACCAUGGUGACAUUCUUGAAGGCAAAACAUGUGGUCCUGUAGACAAUAUGUCUGAAACAUCGGCGAGUGAUUCCUACGUUGAUGCAGCCUCGGUGAAGGAUGAGAAAGACUUUGCAUGUGUCAAAGACUUUGAAGGCGAAGAAAUGGACACCAGUGUCAAAAGUGAGAAGGAGAACUCAGUGAAAGAGAAUUCCAUUUCUGAAUCUGUUCUGAAAGAGAGUGACAAUAAAACUCCAGUUCCACACCCAGCAAAAUCAGGUUUGACUGUCGAAAGAAAACCACCCGUUGGAAAUUACCCUCGAAAUCUUCCUCAACAACAAGAAAAGCGAAAAUAUAAGACAGUUGUGAAUUCGGCACGAAAGGCCAACAUCCGUGCAAAAUUGCCAACAGAAAAUGACAACGGACAGAAAGACGACAAAUCUACAAUACCUAAAGCUAACUCAGGAAACAGCAAGGGCCGAGGUCGGCCGAAAAAGAACAGUGGAAAUGCAUUGCCCGAUACAAAUAUUAAGGACGGGCUGCCAGUGGCACCAUUGUUUGACGAUAGUGAUGAUGAGCAUUUUAAUCUAGUGAUUGACAUUCCUAAAUUUUAGACAACUUCACUUGUUAAUAGACUCACUCAUAAGUUUUAAAGCCAUUUUAUAACAAUUGAAUCAUCCAGUCUGGCGGUCAGGGAUUCAGAUCUGACACACGUCCAUGGGAGAUAACAGAACUUGGGCCUUGAUAAAUCAGACCCCAUUUGACAGUGAGUAGUAGGGAACGACUUGCAAAUGAGCUAACUUUGUGUGAAGAACAUGUUGGGAAGAUAGUAUUUAUACUCACUGAGUUUACACCAAACAUUCGUAGAUAAAGGGCAGUGGGGUAGUGUAGUGGUUAGUGUUUGCUCAUCACACGGAAGAUCUGGCUUCAGUCCCCAUGAGAAUAACUUGGGAUGUCAGGUUUUGGUGUCACCUCGCCGUGAAGUUGCUGCAGUAUUUUAUUAAAGGGGUGCAACACUAGCUUGGCCUCGUCAGAGCAGUGUAUUGCGUACUCUGCUUCAGAGAACGUUGAGGUUUAGAAAGUAUAAAAUUCGUAAGGUAGAUAUUUUGAAGAAAUCUUUGGUCUGUACAGCAAAAGAAUUACAUGUUAUAGGCCAUUAACUUGUAUAAACAUGUUUGUGUCAACUGCAGCUAAACCUUCUACCCCCAGAUCAUUUGUCUAAUUUGUAUAUAGCCGUUUGCUGAAGAGUGAAGUUCAAGGCCAAAUUGUCUUAUGUGAGUCAUUGGCCCAUCUGGUUCUGCUAUCUUCAGUUACCAUGGUAACCAUGUAUCCUGUUCAAUCAUCAUGUUUUAGUACCUUGACAAUAUCUUGCUAGAUUUUAGAAGUUCUUAAUUUAUUUCUAAGGCAUAGACUAGUCUUACUAGUCUUGUUUCCAUGGUCUUUUGAUUUGAGAGGACAUUUUAGGGAGAAUAAGUCGACAAUGGUUGUAUAUUACAAUGUUGGUCCUAAAAGAAACGACACACUGUUCAGGAUAUGGCACAUAGUUGUUUAGUGUUACCCUGCUUAUUUUGAUAGAAGUUAAGUCCCAGAUAUGGUCAAGGUACUAUCACAUGUUUUGUCAUACCAACCCAUUUGCAUUGAAAAAACUCAUUUUAAUCUGUGUAUCAUAGUGUUGAUAGUGUAUGAAUAUGUACUUGUAUAUUUAAGACUGAAAAAAAAAAGUUUCAUUCUUCAAAGGUAGAUGAGAUGAUUCCUUGUCAUUUCUCAUUGAAAAGUCACGCAUGAACAAAAGUAACUGUCUGAAGCUGUGUGCCUGUGAACAAAUUGUCUUAAUUGUGUUUUUUGAAUUCGCUUGUAAAAUAAUUCUUUGGUUUAGUAAGACUGUACUUCUCGACUUUUAAGAAGUCAGUGUUAUCCAGCAUCUUUUGUAAAGUUCUACAAGUUGUUAAAACUGAUUAUUAUUUUUUCCAUUAUUUUCUUCAUGGUUUCAACCUUGUUUUUAUUUAGGUUUUGAAUGAAAGAAUCGCGUCAAGUGUUUUGUAAAGAAUAUAUGUUCAAAAUACAGUAUAUCAUAUACUGCCUUUACGGGAGCAAAACUGCUGGGUUUAUUUUCCAUUGUUGAUAAAUAUACACAUAGGAAUUGCAUGGAUGAUGCACUUUCGUCCUCCGAACUGGAAGUAGUAUGAGAACAUCUCUUCCCUUUUCUUUAGGCUGUGAAGAUUUGAAUAUAUUUUUUCCAUACCAUAUUUAACCAAUUUAGUGCUCUGAACAACUAAGAAAUAAAGUAAGAGAUUGUUGUAAAAUCCAUUUGCCCCAAAUAUUGAUGAUCAAAGGCUGACUCGCGCUCAGGUCUGUGAAGGUCUGGCUACAAACUGUAAAGCUCUUGCUGUGAUACAUCUAAGAUCUUUAGCACAAACCUGUUCACUCACUUAUUCGUUCAAGCAUCACUUUUCAUGCAGAAGACCAAAGUCCAAUUACCAAAGAGGGUACUGACUGUGAAUCUAAAGUUGGUGACCCCCUGGCAAGAUAUGGCUGGAAUUCCUUUGAAAGCAGAGUUAACUAAGUUGAUUGUCUCUUAAUCAUUCACAAGGGCUAUCAGGGUAAGGUUUAUUUUUCUGUUUAUUGUGGGUCACCUUUCUUUGUGGGUCAUUUUAUUGUGCCAUGAAGGUACAACUGGACCAUUCCAACCCAACAGUCUUUGGUCUUCUAGGAUACAAUGAAUGAAUCAAUAAUGUGCUGUUCUGUUCAAUCAGAAUGUAGACAGGGUUUGACAUUAAACCUGAUAAAGUCUGGGGUCAGUCAUUAUGUUAAAAGUUAUUUAUUGAUUCAAAUUCCAAAGACCUCAAGCACACCAGGACCCCUCCAUUUUAAACACUGAUGAAGGUCAAAUGUAAACAUAACAGUUUCUCAAACUUUAACUUUUUGAGUACUUGUAAGCAGGUGGCCUUCCCUUGCCUCCCACAGCAGGCAAAAUGUUGCUCCAAAUCUGAUAUUCAAUUCUUUCAUGCCAGAUGUUCUGGUGAGGCAGCCUUUGAACUCCACGUUUGUGUGUUCCUUGUAUGAACAGUGCACUAACUUUGUUGAAUAGAUUAACAGUUGGAACAGUUGGUAAUUACAGACUGAAUAAAGGUAUGACUUGUCUGUCAACAUCCAUCUUUUUUUUUCCAAUGUAUAUAAAGCAAUAUUUAAUUGUCCAGGCUGGGAUUUUAUCCAGACAUUUAUUGAAAUAUUUGGAUAAAGUCCUGCCACUCCAGGGGAGUGUACAGUUCCUGUAAUAGCACAGCUAACCUUGCUGGAGUGUUAAAUCAGAUAUUGUUCAAUGUUGAAGCCCCCAAAUAUCUCAGUUAAGAAGCAAUGGAUCAUUAUGCAUGACAUGUCGCAGUUUUCCUGACAAGUCCCUAAGCCAAAAUGGAUAUUUCAAAAUGAUUAUUUUCAUGUCAAGUGGAAAAUAACUUGUAAUGGUUUAAUAUCAGUGAUAAUCUUCAAAAUAUUUCAAACAAGUUACAAAAUUUCUAAUGUUGGCACCUUAAAUAUUGAGGUAAAUGUUUCCCACUGAAGCUCUAGGAACAGACAAGGAGCUUUGGUGUAAAGGACUGGAACUGCAUUCUAGGUGAAACUCAAGGUUCACGAGCAACUUCGCCAAGUGUGCUUUUGUUGAAUGCACUGAACCGAAGAUAUCUCGAAGAUGAAGGGACCAAGAAGAUCAGCGAGAUAAUGAGGUUUUGAUGCAGAAAAAGAAAAAUGUAUGUCCAGACUGGUAAACUGGAAGACAAAUGCGAGAUAAUGUCAAACUGUUCUGUUCAAGAAAAGGUCUGCCAAUCGUAUCUUUAUUAUUUUUUGAUGACAUUAUUUUCAUAUCUGUCAAAGAGGCCUAGUUGCAGUACUGUGGGAUUUAGAUGUAUAGUGUCUUGCUAGAUUAAAAUUCUUGUUUUGAACAGUAUGACUAAAAGUUGCUUUUGGACAAGAGAAAUGUCGGUAUGUCGUCUUUAAUGCUUUUAAAAGUGUGUGAAAGGGAUUAAAGAAGUUUGAAUUUAAUGUUGCCGAAGGUCCUAAAGCUUUCUGGGGCAAGCAAGUCAUUACUUUAGUUAAAUAUAUAUCUUUGUGGUAUUAAAUUGUAUAUAAUUGUGUGGUCAGUGUGAAUUCUUUCUCACACAAGAUCUUUGAAAUUAUUCUGUCUGAAAAAGCUUCUCUUCCAUCAUGUGAACCAAGUAAAUAAUCUUUGAGUUUGACACACACUUCAGUGGCUUGUGACUACCUGGGGUGAUGUGAGAUGUCACUUAACUUUCUCGAGGUCUCCGCUUCUUAGCCAAAUCCUGCUUGUUAAUUGUUAACGUUUUAAAACUCGUUGAUUGCAGGGGCAAUGCUGUCAUGUUGGUUUGUAGACUGUAAAGAAUGAAAUAAAUGGAUGAUUAUGAAAUAAA